AAACGGUCGCGCGGAGGAUUUGAGUUUUGUUUGAAUGGCUGAGGACGGACGAGGGGAGUUUAGUGUUUUAAAGUUUUAGCAAUGUAGAAAUGGCAGCGAAGCUAAACCUCUCGGGGCCGCCGGAUUCAGAUACUUCAUCUGUAAGCGACCUAACAGUAUCCAGCCGAAGUAGUAACAGGAGUCUGCGAAUCGCAGAAAAGGAGAAAAGGAAAAACGAGGCGGAGGACCCGUUUGUUCUGGCCCUGAGAUACUUCACUGACGUUGAAGCUGGUACUCCUGUAACUGGGAACGAUGACGUGGAGAGGCACCUGGUGGCUGUGGAGAAGGUGGCCUACAGUAGAGGACUAUCCCCAGAGGCCAUCUCUAUUAUGCUGGAGUUUGCUAUGAGCCUGCGCAUGGGAACGACUUUGUGUGGCAGGGUGCUGAAAUGUCUUCUGCCUGCUGCCACUGUGCCACAGGAGGCUGUAGUUCGAGCCGUGGUUUGGCUGGGUGUUGGCAAAAUACCUGUUACAACACAGGUUCUUUUCAUAAAGUGGGUGCUGACAGUAUUUGACAUGAUUGACUCAAAGGACCAAUUGAGAGCUAUCUACGGCUUCAUCUUCAACUUCGUCACAGAUGAAAAUCUGUGUCCUUUCAUCUGUCAUCUGUUGUACCUUUUGACUAGAAAGGAAAGUGUGCGAGUCUUCCGAGUCAGGAAGCUGCUGGAGCUACAGUCUAAGCUGGGAAGGCAGCCAUUCCUCCUACACCUUUUGUCCCUUUAUAAAGUUUUUUGCCCUGAACUGGUGACACUCUCCAUUCCUUCACGAAUGAGGAGUGGGUUCAGGAAUCACAAUUCUCCUUGGAAAUCAGCUCUGAUUGGUAUUCAGAAGAGGAAUGGUGCCCAAGUUGCCUCUAGCAUCACACCAGCCAUCACAGUUAAAGAGAAAAGUAGCUCGAGAAAAAGGAAACACCGCCAUUUGGAAUUGCCGGCACCAAAUCCUGUAGUCAAUAAACCGGCUCAGACUGAGACGUCCUCCAGUAGAAAGCUGGUCCCCUUGGUGCAGCUCCAUUCUGUCUCUCAGCUUCUGGAAAAUAUGCACCGUAUUGAGCUGCCUGCUCAGAUGGGCUCAUUGCUAGGCUCCAGUCUGGCUCUGCAGUACCUGGACUGUGUUCAGGACGAGUCCGCCCUCCUACGCCUCAACUUCUGGCUCGGCUACGCUCUCCACGAAGAAUUUUUGUUCUGUGGCGAUGGAGGAGCAAACCAGAACUCAGAAGAAUCUUUACAGUUUCUGAACAAGUUGCUGUCUACACAGCACUUUCUCCAGGAGGGGUUCUCCAGCUCUGAAGCUUUUCUCUAUAAAUUUCUCACUGUUUGGAACGGCUCUCUACUACGCCCGGAGAUCCUGGACCUCCUGAGCAACAUCCCUGUCGUUCCCAGCUCCCAAAUAGGACGUCUCCUCUUUGAGCCCCUCAUGCAGCUCUUCUUCACAUCCUCGCUGUUUUUCAAGUGUGGACUUAUGGACUGUCUGAACAAUAUGCUGUUAAAGUGGCUGACCUGGCACUCGGUGUACGCUCUGGAGGAUGACCUGGACAUUAGCCUCAACAGCCACACCUCCAUAAACAUGACUCUGUCAGGAUUCAAAGAUUCAGUGAUGGAGCUGGUCCUCUUCGCGGGACGGCUGGCUUCUGUGGGGCUUCAGCUUGAAGGCUGUAACUCACUGCUCUUAAGUUUCAUCUUGGAUUUCUAUGAGACAGUGUGCGACAUGUUUCUGAAGUAUGGGCUCCCCCUUGUGUUAAUGCCUCCUCCUGGGGUUUUUUACCCCACCCUGUUUGCCACUGACCCUGUUAGCGUUGACAGACUGGCCUACAUCAUGUACAGGUACAAGGUGAACUUGACAUCAGCCAAGAGUCAAGAAAGAGUCACAGAGCAGGCCUUCCACAUCAGCCGGCAGACCUUCCAGCAGUUCAACAACUAUGUAGUUGUGAUGACGAACUGUCUGUGGAACUCCAGAGUGUUUCAUCCAGGGAUGGGUGUUCAGCUGGGGGAGGAGCUGCUGCUGAAGAGCAACGUGCCACAAUACUGGACGAGCUUCGACCUCAUCCACCACCCGGCUUUCAGGAGCUAUGCUGUCGACUUUCACCAGCAGUGUUGGCCAGGGAGAAAGGACAUGGACCUCAAUUCCAUAAAGCUCUCCAAGCCGUGGAGCUGGUACCUGGAGUAUUUGUUCACUCAGGGCUACGACGGCCUCAAACAGUUUUUUCAGGACAACAUCAGUCAGCUGCAGACAGCAGGCGACGGACGGGGCGACGGCGUGUCUUCACAGCAGAGGUAGAGGCUUGACCCAGUGGAGAGGAAACAAACAACCACUUUAUUCCUGCCAGCUUUUAAAGACUUGUACAUAAUUCAUCUCCUUUCAUCUUCAGAGCAAUGUGUGUUUUUAUGUACAAAGAUUGACAUUUUUUAAUUAUGUAUUCUCUUAAACUAUUGUCUUUAACUAAAUAAUAGACUAUAAAACACCAGUGGUCUCUCAAUGAACACAUUUUCAAUUCAUUUAACAAACAAACAGGGACAAUUUAUUGACGAAAAAGAAAAACAGAAGGUGAUCAUUGGGACCCAAAUUGACCUGGUGGGUCAAGGAGAACAUCUCGACUAAAUACCAGUAACGUCAUUCUAAGUUGUUGCUCAUUUUCAGCUUAUUUUCUCUCUUUUUUGCAAUAUAUUCAGUCAUUCCUUGUUUAAUAUCAACACUCCAACCAUCAGCCUUUUCUAAAGAUUUCUGUUUCUCUUUGUUGUACAGCUUUUUUAUGUGAAAACCUUGAUAUUUGCACAUUGUGGAAAAUAAACAAGGUUCAGACUCUUACUAUAGAAGCAAAUAAAACCUCUAGUGUCUUAGUAACA